AUGCAGCUGUCUUUGAAAAAUCAAUCAGAAGAGACCAGCAAUCUGGGCACGACAUCAAACUCCUCACUUUCAAACCCUGCAGAUGAUGCCGGCCUCAGCACAACAGACAUGUCUGCCCCGCCGCUCACUGACACCUUCGUUCUCCAAGAACCCCUCAAACAACUCAUCAAAGACUACGCCCCGGACUGCAUUGUCGCCGAUGCCUUCCACCGUUGGGUGCCCUGUUGUGAAUAUAGUCUCAGAUGGCAUUCGGCUCAUACAGAAGUCAGCUUUGAUUCUGAGCCCUUUCGAAUUCCGGGUCUUCCUGCUAAGAUAGAACUGACUAGGUCUCGGCUUCCGCCCGCCUUUCUCCGAAUGGGGAAUGGAGUUCCAGCUAAGAUGAUGAUAGCAAAGCAGAACAGUUUUGGACAAGUUAUUAAUAGUUUCUAUGGUCUAGAACCAGCUUAUGUUGAUCAUUGUAGAAAUGCAAUGCGAAAGAAAAUUUGGCUUGUUGGACCCGUUUCUUUAUGCAACAACAAUCUCGAAGACAAGGUGUUGAAGAUUGGAAUAGCAGUUGGGAGUGAGGAAUGGGCGUCGUGGCAAUUGGAGAGGAAGAUGGUGGUGGGGAGGGAGAAAGUGGAGGCAUCUGUGUUAAGGCUGAUGAGUGAUGGUGACGAUGAGGAAGAGGGUGAAAGAAUUAGUGAAGAUGCGUAA